GAGUUUGAAAUACAACUUGUUCCCGAAAGGUGUUUAUGGCAACUGAAUCAAUCGGAUAUACAUAAUUUACUCCGUAAAAAUGCAAUUUCUAUGCCAACGGAUAAGAAAUCCAGUCAAAAAUGA